CACACCUAAAUUUUAUUUAAGAGACCAACGUAGGCUAUUCCUGGCUUUUAGGAAGAAGACUGGCAUGGGGAGAUGUGUUCCUUGCUAAUGCUUCCAAGCCAUGGCGCUUCCCAGCAAGUUCUUCCUUUGGUUUUGCUGCUCUGCUUGGCUGUGUUUUCCUGUUAGCCUUGGUACUCAGGCUUCUAGGGAAGAAGCUCCGAUGGCAGCUAGUGUUGAGUUGGAAUCUGAGGCUGAGCCUUGGUCCUUGCUGCAGCCUCUAGAUGGGGGAAACAGAUCUGGCCUCCUUCCCCCUCUCUUCAAGGCUCUGUAUGAUGGGCAAGGUGGGGCUCCUAGGCUGCAGCCAGACUCCAGAGCUUUGCGCUACAUGAAGAGGCUCUAUAAGGCAUAUGCUACCAAGGAGGGGAUCCCUAAAUCCAACAGAAGCCACCUCUACAACACUGUCCGGCUCUUCACCCCCUGUGCCCAGCACAAGCAGGCUCCUGGGGACCAGGUGACAGGAACCGUUCCAUCAGUGGACCUGCUGUUUAACCUGGAUUGUGUUACUGCUGUUGAACACUUAGUCAAGUCGGUCUUGCUAUACACGUUCAACAACUCAGUUUCUUUUCCCUCUGCUGUUAAAUGUGUGUGCAACUUGGUGAUAAAAGAGCCAGAGUUUUCUAGCAAGACUCUCCCUAGAGCUGCAUACUCACUUACCUUUAACUCACAGUUUGAAUUUAGAAAGAAAUAUAAAUGGAUUGAAAUGGAUGUGACCACUCUCCUUCAGCCUCUAGUGGCCUCCAACAAGAGAAAUAUUCACAUGUCUGUAAACUUUAGAUGCGGGGAAGACCAGCUGCAGCAUCCGUCAGCACAGGACAGUCCACUUAACAUGACUUUUCCGCUGUUCCCCUCACUGCUUUUAUAUCUGAACGACACAAGUGCUCAGGCUUAUCACAGGUGGCUUUCCCUCCACUAUCAAAGGAGGCCUUCACAGGGUCGUGACCAGAAGAGAGAUCUGUCUGCCUGUCCCAUGGGAGAAGAGGCUGCUGAGGGUGUAAGAUCUUCCCGUCACCGGAGAAGUCAGGAAACUGGCAGCUCUGAAGUGAAGAAGACUCUGGUUCCAGCUUCUUUCAAUCUGACUGAGUACUUCAGACAGUUUAUUUUUCCCCAAAAUGAGUGUGAGCUCCAUGACUUUAGACUUAGUUUUAGUCAGCUGAAGUGGGACAACUGGAUUGUGGCCCCGCAAAGAUACAACCCUCGGUACUGUAAAGGGGACUGUCCCAGAGCAGUUGGGCAUCGGUAUGGCUCUCCAGUUCACACCAUGGUGCAGAACAUCAUCCAUGAGAAGCUUGACUCUUCAGUGCCAAGACCAUCAUGUGUACCUGCCAAAUACAGCCCUUUGAGUGUCUUGACCAUUGAGCCCGAUGGCUCAAUCACUUAUAGAGAAUAUGAAGAUAUGAUAGCCACUAAGUGCACCUGUCGUUAACAUAUUUUCCUUGAGCCUCUUUGGCCAAGUAAGUGCCCUUCGCCUAUCUGUGCCUUCAGGAGAAAGCUUCAUGUGUCACAUCUCUAAAUAUAAUGCAAUGUGUGUUGUAUAAGGAGGAGCCUGUGUAGAUUAGCACAUUCUAUGGCAUCUAUCAGCGUAAAGCAGUAACAUCUGCCUUUUUUAUUUCCAAUGUAAAUGUAACAUAGUUAUUUUGGAAAGCUUUAAAUUUUUUUCCCUGAGCGAUUUUUUUUUUCCUUUUCGUAGGAGUCUUGUUUGUGAUGUAAGAAAAAAAAAAUUUCAUUAGUAUGAAUCUUGGAUGGAAUUGCAGCUCUAAGUAGACAAUUCAGAGUGCUGUAGUCUUAUUUAAUGGAAGAAUAAAUUCUUGUCAGUGG